AUGUCUAUCGGGAUAAAUCCCACACCAUUUACGAGGAGCGUUUCUCGGUGCAAGUCUGAAACGCAGCUUGCCACAGCAUCCAUAAAUGAGACAGUAUCUGCCAUACGGAAUUUUCCUGUGGAGGUGCUCUCCGAAAUCUUUGCGCGCACAGUCUCCAGCGAUGCCCCGCUCAACUCUGCACUCGUAGUACGCCGCGUGUGCCGUAAGUGGGACAGUGUCGCGUUGGCGACACCUGAGCUAUGGAUUAAUGUCGGCGUUGGACGUUGCUUGGCCACGGCUAAAAAUGCCGUCAAUCUGUCCAGACGUCGGCCUCUCGAUAUUGUAUUGCGACCCGAAGGAUCCGUGCAGGAUCGUCUGGCGUUGGAGUCCGUGGUUUUCGGACAGAUACAUCGCAUACGCACCCUUGCAUUCACCUCAUCCGGCACUGCGAAAAUCAGUACGAGGGUCAUCAACAACCGUGCCCUGUUACUCGAACAGCUCGUGAUCACAGGAGAACAAUCUGAACUCCCGAUGCAACUCGACGACACCUUCCUCCACUCAGCACCUCCCCGACUUCAAACCCUCAGCCUUUCACGCGCACGCUAUGCCGAGAACUUCUCGCCGACCGUGCCGUCGCUCACAUGUCUAUCUCUAAUAAACUGCUGUGGUUGGCGCUCCAUCGGAAACAUCCUCGACACGUUGGUCAGCCUUCCGCUACUUCAAUCCUUUGAAUGGGAGCGUGACCUUCAUUCCCGGCCGGAGUUGGCCCUUCUUCCUGAGCAUGAUCAACGGCACAUAUUCAUACCGAAUCUUGCGGAGCUCAAGAUGGUGGACUCAUUGCCUGUUGUCGGAGAUAUUUCGUCGCACAUUUCGUUUCCUCCGGAGUGUGUCGUCAAGCUCGGAGUAGACAUCAGGGACUUGCCCGACGGCUAUAACGAUGAUCAGGACUUUCUGCCGUUCUUCGAGGAUGCCGUCGUGCCCCAUAUUGGCGCAGCGUUCCCUCUCAAUCGCGGCCUCAUACUGCGCAUCGAGAAUCACCCUGAAGGUCGUGGUUUCAUCGUACACUUGGAGUCCCAGCCUGGCGACGGACAGACCGCGCCGGUUUUUUUCGAGCUUGGCAUACUCGCGCCCGAGGAGUUCAACGACCUACAAUACCUCGUGUUAUUGAAUCUGCUCGGAAGCUGGCCAGGAUUUGGUGACCAGGUCACCCAUCUCACCGUGACUCACAACGAUUUCGGCAGUUCCGAGGAGGGAUGGCAAGUGCUCCUCGUACACCUCACAGAGAUCGUGUACCUCAAGAUGAGCGACGCGCCCGCUCACACGCUGCUGGAUGCAUACGAUGGGGCGGGGCCUCUACACUCCCACUUGGCUCAGCUCACUUUCGAAAGAGUAUACCUCAGUGAGGCUGAGUACGCGGAGUAUAUCAACAUUGUACAGAAGGGUAUCCACCGCCCAAGUCAGAUCGGCUCCCCCUCUAUCUCGCUCAUUGACUGCUAUCUAAUGGGAGAGUACGUGAAAUGGGAUACAAGGAGUCUAUAG